GUGCGUGCGAUCCUGGUUCCAGGAAGUCGGUCGUCAUGAAGUAUCUUGCUCCGCCCAUCUACCAUUUUUGAGUGUGUUUUGAACAAGUGAAACACAACGCAUACACAGAGCCGCGGAAAUGUCUAGGAUCUACAUAGGCAGGCUGAGCUAUCGCGCAAGAGAGAAAGACGUGGAGAAGUUUUUCAAAGGUUAUGGAAAAAUACUGGAGGUCGAUUUGAAAAAUGGGUAUGGGUUUGUUGAGUUUGAUGACCCGAGAGAUGCAGACGAUGCUGUGUACGACCUGAACGGGAAGGACCUCUGUGGCGAGAGGGUUAUCGUAGAGCACACCAAAGGACCUCGUCGUGAUGGCAGUUAUGGUUCUGGUGGUGGUGGUGGUGGCGGCGGCGGCGGCGGCGGCGGUGGUGGCGGCUCUGGGAGAAGCAACUGGUAUGGCAGGGGAGGGAGGGACCGGUAUGGACCUCCGGUCCGCACCGACUACCGGCUGAUUGUAGAGAACCUCUCCAGUCGCUGCAGCUGGCAGGACCUGAAGGAUUACAUGCGGCAGGCAGGUGAGGUGACAUAUGCCGACACGAACCGCGGCCGACGGAACGAGGGAGUGAUCGAGUUCCGUCUGUACGCCGACAUGAAGCGGGCUCUAGAGAAGCUGGACGGCACCAUGGUGAACGGCCGCAAGAUCCGACUCAUCGAGGACAGGCCUGGGGCUCGCCGCAGUCGCCGCUCCUACUCCCGCAGCCAGAGCCGCUCCAGGUCUCGCUCCAGAAGCAGGAGGUCACGGAAGAGCCGUAGCCACAGUGACAGUAGCAGCCGCAGUCGUUCCCGCUCCCGACAAGCCUCUCGCUCCCGCAGUCGCUCGGUCAGCAAGAAGGGCAAGGCCAAGGGCCGUCACGAGGAAGAGGAGCGUAGCAAUGGCGCCCACAAGGGUGGAGGCCGGGACGAGGCGCGCAGCCGCAGCAAGAGCCGGCGGAGCAGAAGCCGGGGCAGCCGAGGUAGCCGUAGCCGCAGCCCCAAGAGCAAGCACGGCAGGAAGGAGGGCAAGAAGGGCCGCAAGGACAAGUCCCGGUCCCGCUCGCACUCCCGCUCGCGUUCCCGCUCCCGCUCCAGACAGCGCUCCGCCUCUCGGUCACGAUCCCGAUCCGCCGACAAAGAGCGCUCCAGGAAAUCCGACUCGAAGGGCCGCGACGCGCCCAAGAGCGACGAUGAAGAGGCAAGACCGGCGGCGGGGGCGGCGGCGGCGAGAGGCUCUCGCUCAAGGUCACGCUCUCGCUCCCGAUCUCGCUCCAGAUCGCACUCCCGCUCGCCGCUGGCCGCCAACGCUCGGGCGAAGUCCAAGUCCAAAUCCCCGUCUCCCUCCCCGGCAAAGGCCAGAUCUCGCUCCGAGUCCCGCUCAAAAUCCCGUUCCCGCUCAAGGUCCCGAUCACGAUCCCAAUCCUGAACCUGACCUCCGACCCCUUUGUGACCCUUUACCCUUGAUCCAGACCCCUUUUACUUUUUAUUUUUAUUUUUUGGUAAAUAGUCGUAGGAAGAUGGGCUCGGGCACUGCCUGUGUCAACACACACACUGACACGCACGCGCACACACUCAGUAACAGUACAUGCCUCACCCAAGUUUUAUUUCCCCUUUUUGUAUCAUUAAAAAGAUGUCUUCUCCCCAGUAGUAUUGUCUCUCAAUCAAAGUGUUUGUAAAAUAUUCAAUAAGUCAAUUUGGUAUGAUAUGGCAGGGAUUUUUUUUUUUUAAAAAGGGGACAUGCCCAGCAAUGGUCGUCUUGGAGUCUUAAUCUCUGUGCUGCGUAUUUGACGCAUACAGUGUUAAGGAUCUUAUUUGGGAGUGGUGUUUUAUUAUGUUACAUUCUGCCUCGGCGGAAUAAAAAUCUUUUACCAAUUACUUUAAGACAAUUAUUAAAAAAUGCCUGAUGUGUUUGAAA